AUGACAACCAAGGAGACGCCAAGCGUCCAUUGUAACUUUUGUGUAAGUUUUAUUACCUUUAUUAUUAGUUUAGGUGUAAAAUUAAAUUUUAAAUGAUUAAAUACUUCUUUUUUAUGCAAAAGGUACGCAUAAAUAAAGAACUGCAAGUGUAAUGUGUAUUAUUUUGGUUUGACACCUAUAAAUUAUAUCUUUUAGAUAAUGUUUAUGACCAAACAAAUUCGUGGUCAACGUACUGUGUUGGAGGUCUACGAUGACUGGUUGACAACUACAAUGGAGAGUUGUUCUUUGAGCGAGUACCUCGAUACUGUUAUCGUUCCUUCUGAAGGCGAAAGAGAUGAAAUCGAUGCUAAUAUUGAAGAGCUUCUGAAAGUCUGCUUGGAAGGAAUUGAUCGUGUUGGCUUCAAGUAUGUGUUUAAUUUUUUGUUGAUUUUUAGGUAACAAUAUACGUUGCACAUGAUAAUGAAUCUACGUCUUGAAACAAUAGUAUUAUUUACAUCAAACGCAAAAUUAAUCUGAAUCAAAGAACAUAAAAAGUGUUUUAGAGAUCUCCAACCAAAAGGCAUUGUUGAAUUGGCAGGGUUCUUUACCUUAAUCAUGGAGUUUUACCGUUCAACAAAGAAGUCUUUCGAAUUCUGGGAGAAUCUGAGAAGUGCGCGUUUGGUGGAAACCGCUUAUGAGAAAGUUACUUCGUCUAUGAAUGAGGUUGAUGACGACGUUAAGAAGGCUUUGAAGGUCAAAGUGCCAACCUUGGGUGAAUUCUUGUCGGCCAAUCAGACAAUUCACAAUUUCUACGAAAAAAUCGAACAAUUGAUUGAGAAGUUCAGUGAUAAGGAGACUUCUCAGGAAUUAAUUUCUGAGCUGAACGUCGAGGAGGAUUUUAUGUUCAAUUUUAAUGUCGAACACUUCAAAAAGUAAGAUUUAACAUUUUGUGUUAUUUAUCUUAGGUAAAUAUAUUUUGCGUAUUUUUGUAGUGUUUAACGUUAAUAAUUUAUGGUUUAUAAGUAACCAAGGGUUUUAGACUUGCCGAUCUUGAAAACGUUUACCUGGAGGGUUUGAAAAAUAAAACGGUGGAAGUAAAUGUUGUUCAGGACUACUACAAGGUGUUGGCUUAUGUUCUUGGAAACAUUGAAAAUCAAGAUGAUGCCCUGAAGCACUAUCAGUUUCAACCAGAAGCCGAAAAGUUGAGAUUUACCGUUUUGGAGGUAAGUGUUCUUAUACAAAAUUUUCUUCAGUGUUUUUAAAAGUAACUGAAAUUUAAAUUUAUGGCCUUAAAACAACUUGAUAUUUUACUUUUUUAGGAAUUUUACAAUUCCGGGGUUGUCAAAGUCUUGAACUCAAUCCCGAGCAACGAAACAUCCGAAGACUUUUGUCCGUACGUUGCCAAAUCCGUGAAUCAGUUGUUGAUCCUUGCUCCAGUCAGAUUCUUGACUACCUUAUUUAUGAAGCAGGUUAAGAAGCCAGAAUUGUCAAUGCCGGUUGGUAACGUUUUGAAGAGAUGUAGGUUGGGGUUGAGUCAGAAGCUUGAUGGAGUCCCGAUCUCUGUUUAUGUUCUGAAGCACGUAUUUGGCGAUUUGCAACGAGAAGCUUCUGUCAAGGAUCAAACCAGACCCUUUGCGAAUUUGCUCAGAAGUUUGUGCAAACAAAGAGUUGAUGGUAGGUGUAGCUACAUGAUUAUUUGAACGUUUUUUAAAGAUUAUUAUGAUCAGAUCUGAUUUUUCAAUUUUAGCUGACAAAAAAAUCUUGGAACCGAUUGUAUCACCGACCGAAAUUAUCAAGAACAUUGCUUUUGGCUUCUCGGAAAACGAGGAGAUUCUGGCUAUGAAUCUACUUAUCUUAUCGUACUUCUUCGAAGCACCAGACAACGCUGGGAGGGCAUAUCCGAUUAACUUUGACAAAGAGAGCGGCGAUGGCAUUGAUCCUGCAGUUCUGUUGACUUACGUUGUGACAUUACACAAACUGAUCGCAAAGAAUGUCCAACGAGGAUUAGAAUUGUCUGUUCCGAUAGUUUUGGCUAAACUCGGAGCAAAACUGCAUGGUAAGUGUUUAAUUUUACAAUGUUUUAGAAAGCUAUAUUACUUUGUAUGUUUUUAAUUCAAAUAUUUUAGCGGAGAAGAUUAUUCUGGAUGAACAAGCAUACCUGAACCAUCAACUGUCGGAAUGUCUAUGGUCCUUUAAAUAUUUUGCGGCCAAACAUCUCUUCAAGGUGGUGCCAAGCCUCACCUUUGAGAUUCCUGCAGUUCUUUACAAGAUUCUGCCUGAAGAACAACAGAAGAAGUUUGUGCCAAUUAAGUUUGCUGGUCAUGAGAACGUUACUGAGAUGGAAGACUUUUUGUACAGCGUCGUUGAACUGGCAUUACCUGCUCCGGAAUUAGCCAAGCUAUUCUUUAAUGACUUGAAACUUGACCUGAAGAUGAUCAAUAAGGCUGACGAUGUGGAAUGGAGGGCAGCUUCUGCUGUUUUGAUUGCUUCACUAACUAACAAGCGUGUGAAGAUUGACGAGUUCCUUGGCUUGAUGGAAGUGUUUGGCAUUUUGGCAGAGAGACUUGAUUGGAGACUGCCUUCUUUGACCGACAACUCGAUUGCCGUUCAGAAAAGUGAGUUUCAUAGUUUAAUUUGUUUAUUAGUAAAAAACUACAUCUAGGAUAAUUCACUUCCUCUGUAACAUAUUUCUUUUAGUUCAAGUUGACGUCGAGCCUAUUUUCGUGCUGGGAAUGGCUGUUUUGGGGGAUCUAGCUAAUCAGCGCAGUAAAGUUGUUGGAGACAAGAUGGAAGAGCCAUGGAAUCCUUCAACUCAAAGUUUAAUCUAUGCUUUAUGUCAGCUGAUUAACAGCAAAAUGUCAAAACUCAUCAAUCAGUACGAGCCAAAGAAGUAAGUUUUUUCAUUGUAAUUACAGUCUUUUUUACUUUUUUAGUGUUAGUCUGAAGAACUGUACUCAACAUUUGGAAAGUCUGACCACGAAACAGCUCUUAGUCUCGUUGACCCAAAUCUUGAACUUGUUGGAGACAAUCGAUGGCUUGAACUUCUCUUUGCCAGAUACUGUGGUCAUUACGGCAAUCAUCAUUCAAACGAGGAAGUACAUCAACAAACUAUUGCCGUGGUCUGCAGAGGAGUUCUCUAAUUUGAAUAUUAUGUCUUCGGGCGGCGAUAAGAGUGUUUUGAAUAAGGGAUUUGAAAGUAAGUGAGACUAUUUUUAAUAAAUAAAUUUCGUGCUUUACUAACCUGUGGUGUUGUGAAAGUGAUGUUUUGUUCAUAGUAUAUUUAGUUUGCUUUGCUUUUUACGUUUUUGCUGUGUCUUCUAGGAGUUUCGCUUUUCGGAAAGCGAGAAAAGUUGGGGCAAAGCCAGAAUCAGAGUGCCAAUGUAUCUGAAGCAGAAUUGGUGGAGAAAGACAAUGAAGAAGUUGAGGGCAAUGAGAGCGAGAAUGAAAAGCAUGACAACUUGGAGGAAAGUUUGAUCAAUGAUGAACCAUCCGAGAAUCUUGACUUGGCUUCUGAACGACUUCAAAGAGCGCUUCAGCAAACCAGCACAAGAAACGACGAUUCGGGUGUAAAUGUUUUUUUGCUUUUGUUGCUUUGGUGUUUUUCGUUUACUAGUUAAUGUACUUAACCGUUUGUGAUUUUAGAAGAUGGAUACAACCAUUGACACAGUUCCUUUUGAACCUUCUUUGGUCGAAGAAACAAAUGACACUGUGGAAAUCUUGACUAUCGAAGAUAAGGAAGACACAGACGAAACUCCCAAAGCCACGGAAGUCAAUGGUGGUGAGGUAAGAAUUUUUGUAAAUUUGAAAAUAUUCUAG